GCGGCGUCAGUGCCGCCCGGAGCAGACAAACCUCGGCAGCAGCUCGCUGUGCUCGGAGCUGGACACGGCUGCUGCAUACCCGCCGCGUUGGGACGAAUUCACACCUCAGCUGUCGAAAACAGUACAAAACCCUCGUCUUUAGUCACUUAAGCGUCGCCUCGGGACGAUGAACGGCAAGUCAGCGCACGGCGCGGCGGGGGGCAUGGCCUGCAUCGACGGGCUGCCCCCGCUGCCCAAGAGCCUCAGCGGGCUGCUCAACUCCAGCGGGGGCUCCUGGAGGGACAUGGAGAGGAUGUACGUGAAGAAAACCAUGAUCCAGGACGACCUGAGCCGCGGCAGGAACCACGCCGACAGCCUGCUGGCCAGCAAGCCGGCCAACCUGGACGCUGCGCUGGCGCUGCUGCGGAAAGAGAUGGUGGGCCUGCGUCAGCAGGACAUGUCCCUGCUCUGCCAGCUGUGGUCGCUCCACGAGUCCAUCCAGGAGUACAAGGGCAGCUGCCAGGACCUGAGCGCCGCCUCCAGCCUCAGCAUGAUGGAGAACGGCUACUUCGACGAGGACGACGAGUACUACGCGGAUCCUGGCGCCACUCCCACCGGGGAGCAGCCGGACGGAGACGUGGGAGACGGGACGGCCACAAUGGCAGCAGCCAAGAAUGGGAGCAGCGGCGGCAAAGAGGACAGCUGGGACUCCUUCCACGUCAACAUCUGAGGCCUCGGCUGUUUUCCCUCCUGGUGGAUUCCUGUUUCCGGGGAGGCGGACUGGUACCUGAGCUGGAGGAGAAGUGAAAUGCUUCAGAAAAACCUCCAUAAAGGGGGCGUCUGCUUGCAGAUGUCCGCCUGUCGUGACUCGUUUUUGUGAUAAAUUAUAGACGUGUCGACCUCCAGCUCAGGUGAAACCUGCACCUGCUCGUGCUGCAGACGUUUGUGCAUCAUGACCAGGCACUUGAUCAAAAAUUCAGAGCUGAGUGAUUGGAUCUUUUGGCCAAUGGCUCGCUAACAAUCUCUGGAACAAAGACUUCACAUACUCUUAGACGAUAUCCAACACAUGUAUUUCUGUUUAUUAAUAACUCUGCUGCUUCUGCAUCAGAGCGGCGGGCCACCCCGCCGCUCUUUCUUGGUAGAAUCUUUUUAUUCACAUAAGAAUAUAUGAACAAAGUUUUAUUAUUUAAUAUAUAUUAUACAGUAAAUAACAGUAUAUUCUUUUUCUCGUUACUCUCUGUGGACGUUUGGUGCUGCACCACUACCCGGGGCACACAGAGCGUUAGCAGGCCCUCAGAAACGUGGACUUCCAACCCUCUGGAUCCUGCAGCCAGUCCGCCUCCAGAAAUGCUGAACCACGCUUGAAGUGGUUUACGCGUUCAUCUACAAAAGUCUGUAGAGAGAAAGGAGGGAGGUGUGGACUCUUCACCGCCGUAAGACAGAGCAGACGCCUGCUCCGGAAAUGUGAAAUGUUUAGAAACGCCGGAAUCAGUUUAGGCUGUUUUGUGUUGGUGACGAUGAAGAGAAAACAAAGGUGCUGAACCCAGCACGCCUGGCUGCAGGUGAUGACCCCCACCCCAAACCCCCAAAUCAUGGCUGCUCCAACACGUUACACAUGCGUGUUGGACUGUUGGCCUGCCUGAAUCUGGACGAAACCUUCUCUCUGUUGUGAUGAUGAUGAUUACCUGGAUUUUGUUCUCAUCGAUAUUGCCGUCAUUCCCACUGAUAUGAUAUUUACAUGGGAAUGUGGCUGUAUUGCUAAAACAACAGCGAGAAUGGAAAUAAUUGAAAGAAAAUGUGCUUUUUAAGAGCAAGUGGAAAAAAUUACAGACUUAUCCUUUGGUAUAGUUUGAAAAAACAGGUUACAGGGAUUUAUUCAAGCUCUUCCCACUCUUGAGAUUUGCUAGAACGCAUCGGCAAGAGUUGAAAAAUCUGUGAUUAACUCCCGAUUUGCACUUGCUGGCGGGAAUGUUUCACAGCAACAUUAAUGGCAAAAUGAUAUCGGAGUAGCAAUCGGACUGACUUUUGACACACUAGCAACGUGUCUCUGGUCACUGUGGCCUUCAAGUAUUAAUGAAAGUGUAAAAAUGAAGCUAUAUGGCUAAACCUACUUGCAAGCAUCAGCUGAAAACAGGGUUGUUGUUUUUUUAUGAACUUUUGUAUCCUUCUUUGAGGUCUGCACGGAUCUUGUGGACAUGUUUUCUGCCGUCUGCUGAACGCCGGCCUGAUCAUUAUUUAAGACGUCUCAGAGGGAUGUCACGGAUUCCAUGUCAGAGUUUCCACAUAUCCGCAUCUCUAAAAAGGGUGUUUGAAUUCUCGGCUUAAAUCUAAAAACGUACCAGUGGGGACUAGUCAGUCAGUCAUGAGACUUUCCAUCUGGAUGCCAUGAAAACACACAAAAACACCAAGCAGUGUGUUGAAAGAACACACAAAUGCAGCCUUUUUACGAACUCACUGUGUUUCCUAACCAAACAGAGACGUUUGGAUGUGCAAAUUCAGGAUUGUAAACACCUGGAUGAGCCACGUCAUCUUUAGCGUGAGUCUGUCGCAGUAACAUCACGGCUCUCUUUACUACCCGUCAUCCUGACCAGAUCUAGGAAGCUAGUUUAUCCCCAAACGCGUGCAUUUUCGUGUAUGUUUACUGGUCCGGUACCUGAACCCAAACCAAAGAGAUCCCAGCACUCCACGUUGUAUUUGUUUAACGGUGCUGAAGUAAACAAACAAACUAAUUUUGAAUGAUGAAAUUUGACGUGUCUAAGAAUGUCUUCAGCAGUCGCUGCAGCUGCUGAACGGAGGACAGCGACUGAACCUGCUGUCCUCUCUUUUUUUUUUUUUUCUCUCUCCCACAAACACUAUAGUUUCAGCAGAUUGAUGUAAAAAUGAUUGAUUCCUCCUUCCAGUUACAGUAAAACAUCUUCUCUCGUGAAAGAGCUGCAAUGGUGAACCCGUUAGCGGUGAACUAUGAAACUAGUCACCAAGUGUGUUGAUAAUCAGUUGGGUUGGUUAAUUAUUGAAGGAAAAAGCUGACUUCUUAAAAACUGUUUUCUCUUUUCUUUGCUCUUUUGACAGUAAACUUAAUAUAUUUGUUUUUUGACAAAUGUGUAAUUUGAGGAGCAUUUAGAGGUUUCAAAAAGCUGUUUUAAUAAGGAUCUAUUGGAUGAAAUGAAAGUUAAAAAAAAAAAAAAAAGAAUAACUUAACUGCAGCAGAAAGUGUGUAUAAAACCAGCACGACAGGAUAUGACGAUAUUUAUGGAAAACCUGAACUCGGAUAUUAAUAGUCUAUAUUCUUACAUUGUAAUGUCAAAGUUAACUUGAUUAAUUUCAAUUAAAAAAAAAAAAAAAGUCAGCUUUUUGGGAAAUAUACGUUUUUAAUAUAUGUUUUUCUGUUAAAUACGUAAAAAAAAAGUCCCUUCCAUUUUAAUCAUCUCAUUUUCUUCUGAUCUGAGUUUCCCGUUCAUUUUCUCCGUGGAAGUUUGUAAAUAAGACCAUGAGACGUGUUUUGGUUCUGUCAUUCUGAUCAAUUGGACUGCACAUUUGUGCUAAAUGAGUUAUCAAUCAGCAUUUAAAGAAGUAGCGUCUCUCCCUGAAUGUUAUUUCCAGUCUAACGACUUAUCUGGGUUCACUGCUAAUCUCGGUGUUGAGUCACAUUUGUGUAUCGAGUUCUCUACACGUCCCGUCUGGACCCCACUCUUUUUAUUGGAUGUUUACACAAUCAGUGCCUUUGUAAACCCGUGGCUCGCUGUUGGAGACGGAGGUGAAAGUGGAGUCUACGUCAGUCUAAACGGCUUGGCUUGAGUCGGUCCUUAAAGCUGUUGCCGUGCACGCAGAGUUCAAGACUUCUCCCUAAAUCCCUCACUAACGAAGCGUUGCGUCACCGUUUCCUGGCUAAUUUCAGGCGCACCCGCUGUCGCCGCUCUUGUCGCUGUGCCGCAAUAACAAAUUCCCCAGAAAAAGCUGAUUAAAAGCUAAGAAAUUUGGAUUUUUGUUUGAUAAAACGCUUGACUGGCCGUUUUCCAGGCUGUGCAUGUUCUUGUUCCUGAUCGCUGCUUUUCUGUCAGUGUCUGCGUUUUACUGAUGAGGUUGCAGCUGUCAGGAGGGGUGUGUUUGCUGCCUCCUCCCAGCUCUGAAAUUUGAGUUGCUUGUCCUUCUGUCCUCUUUGAUGCGGUCUUUAGAAAAAAAAAAAAAAAACUGCAGAUCUGACGUCUCGGAGGGUUGCAGCGAUGGAAGGGCGCUGUGACACCUUUGGUGACAUUUUUCCUUGGUGGUGUUUUCACCACUUGAGGGAAUGCUGAAGUGAUGUAACAGCCAUCCAGUGAGUGGUAGACGGCGGAUAGUUGUGUCAUUUUAUGUGGUAAAUUGACUCAAAUGUUGAGUUUAUACGUCUGCCCAGUCGCUAGACACCAGAUCACUGAACAGUUCCCCUCAGUCCAUGGAGACUACCCUGAAGUAAGAGCACCGCAGUCACCCACACGUCCUGCUGUGCCAACAGGAACGUCCUUAUAAGAGACAGUGAACCCCAAACCUCCUGGUUGGAUUCUCCGAAGGUGAAUUUUAAUUCACACGUGGGAACUUUAACUUCCAAACCUCGUAACAGCCUUAAAACCAGUCGUGUCGUGUUCAGCUGCGGAUUCAUGUUUGCACUCUUUGACGUGUAUAAUGCUGCACUUGUUUGUGUUAAAAUACGCUCAGAGCUAAACUCCCGGACCGUCUCUGAGUCGGGCUUCUCUCGCUCGGGCACACAGGGCUCCUUCUUCCAGCAACACCGCUGCAGCUAAAUCCAGCACAAGAGAGCUAAAAGGAGCUUUACAUUCAACACCAGCUAACUAUCCCAUGAAAAGCGGGUUUACUAUUUCAGCAGCGUCAAACACUUCCCCCUUUCUUUUCAUGUCACUAUUGGAUGUUUAACAUGGAGAUGUCAUCUCAGGGUUAACUUGUGGCAAAAAUGUGUGUUUGUGUGUUUGGAUUCUCACAGAAUAACACAUCCCUAUAAAUAACACAGUUUUAACGCGACAGUGUGGUCACCCUGGCGUUCGCUUGUGUAUUCUAGCUGGCUACAUGUAAAUAAUGCAAUGCCACACCCACAUUUGAUCUGAUUUGAAUGUUAAAUGUCGUUGUGCCAGACUAAUAAUCAAAGCGAUGGAGCCUUUUUCUCUGCAUACAUUGUCAAAGGUAGCCAAGAGACGACUCGUGACCCCAGAAUGCAACGCAAACGUUCGAGUUUGAUGUGUUGUGACUCAAGUGAAAUACAUUGCUGCAUUGGCAGUCUCGCCUGAGCCGAUCUGCAGCGAGGAGCAAGCCGCUUUCCUGAAACUUGGACUGUUAAUAAUACUGACAACUCAGUCCAAAUCUGAGGAAACCUGAAAUUUGAAUGGAAUUAAACCAAAACAUGAUGUUACAGUUCAUUUAGCUUCUCUACCGAGAGACUAAUUAUCUGAUAUUUUGCAUAUGGGUAAUGUCUGUCCUGUGUAAUCUAACAGUAGUCCAGGUAUGUAAAAGAGAUGUCAUUCUUGCUUGUACUGCGUUUUAACUCUUUAUCAGUCAUUAAACCCGUAUUAUGGGAAAAGAGAAGAUGGUUUUGAUGUAUUUUUGUGCUGCGUAGAUAAGUGAUGUCCAGAGAAGGCGUGAAGGCCACAUUGCUGUCGCGCAUCAUUCCUGCUCUUAAAUCCACGAAUGACUGUACUACUGUUUGGUUGGACUGUAGUCUCACUGCUCUCCUGUUGUACCUGUAAACACUGAUGUGCAUUUAAUAAAGUGGUCCCGUACUUUUAAGGCCCAA